UUUUUUGCCAUUGACACAUUUCUCCACUUAUUAAAUGGUUGCCUGAACAUAGUAUUUUGAUUGAUUUGUGGAACAUGAAUUAACCAGUAUUUUUUUCCAUGUCCGGGUGGCGGCCAUUUUGACUCUUGCUGUCGACUGAAAAUGACAUCACUCAGGUGCCGACCAAUUACGCCUCACCUGUUUUCUUGUUUUGCUCAUGUGACAUUCGCAAGCUGAGCACUUCGACACUGUGAUGUCAUUUUCAGUCGACAGCAAGCAGACGAAAAUUCUCAAAUGUGUUUUUGGGCCGCUCUGUAUCGGCCAAAAGUGUGUCAUCAAAGUGAGUGACAGGCGUGUACACUGAUGCGGUGAUCAAGAAUGAUUUGUGCAGAUGCUGAGUUCUACAACUACAUUGCUGUUGUUAUUGUGAAAAUGUCGCGUGACAAAUCCACUCAUACUUGCUUCGUGACGCUUGUUGAACGUGUGAUGUGCCGUUACGGUGCUUGACGUCCACUGACGGUAAACGGGGCCAGGUGGGGUGGAGGGGGUCUCAGCGCUCCGACCCUGAACCCCCUCCCAAACUCACCGACACCCACACCCCGUGGCCCCUCCCCUUCCACGGCGAGAGCGGAGCAAAAGCGGAGGAGGAGCAGAGCGGCGCCUCACUCGACAGCUUCAGCUCCGCAGAGAGGAGCUCCACUCCCGGCCCGAGCUCGCCUUCAACUCCCGCCCUUUUAUUUUUUUUCAACCCCCCCUCCCCCUCUCCCUCCACUCCUGCGCUAAAGCAAGCAAAAGAAGAGGAAGAGAGAAGGAUAAUUGCGUUUCUGCUGACCGCCCUGUGGGAUCAUGGGAUAUAUGACCUCAUCAUUCAACUGCCAGCUUCUUCACUGAGCGUAGACGUACGAUGGACAAAGCAGUGGAGGCGGACCACACCUGCCACGCGGUGUCGUGUGAUGUCAUCGGUAGCCCCCCGCCCCCACACCCCUGCGUCGCCAUGCCCACCCAGGAGGAGGAGGAUGACAAAGACAGCAAGCAGAGUCUUUGUCACCAGACGGCAUCGCAGAAAAAAGUCAAGGCCAAAGGCAAGCUGGUGCGCAGCAUGGCCGUGUGCGAGGACGCACCCGAUCAGGAAGAACAACUUCAGGCGUCGCCGGUCGCCGGCAUCCCCCGAGACGGUGGCACUUCCUGUCAGGAGGAGGAAGUGGAGAACGGCAGCACACUCUCUAAAGAAAGCAGUGUGGAGUACCGCGACUCAACGGGUGUGGACCUUCACCGUUUCAUCGUGGACACGCUGAACAGUAACCCCAGAGACCGCAUGAUGAUGCUUAAGCUGGAGCAGGACAUGGUCACCUUCAUUACGGGAGAUAGCACUUUCAAGAAAUUCCCGCACAUGUCUUCGUACCACCGCAUGCUGGUGCACCGCGUGGCCGCCUUCUUUGGCAUGGAGCACAACGUGGACCAGACGGGGAAGUCGGUCAUCAUCAACCGCACCAGCAACACUCGGAUACCGGCGCAGCGUUUCCUGGAUCAGGUUCAGGAUGACAAAGCCGCUGAGAUCCCUCACUGGAAAAGCAUUUUGAAACGUAACGGCAGCACAGAUGAACAGACACGACGCUCCACCUUGCGCGACAAGCAAAGCAAGUCUAUGGAGGAGCGAGAGGAAGAAUAUCAAAAAGUGCGAGAGAGAAUCUUCAACCAGGAGCCUCUCUGCACAAAAGAGAGUGGCCACAUUGAGAGCAGACUCGCAGAGGAAGGUAACCCGUACGCCGAGACCCAGAGGAGAAGGCAGCUCUUCAGGGGCAACCGUGACAGCUCCGGGUCCAGCUGGACAGGCAGCAGCCGCCAGAGCAGCACCGAGACCGACUGUCGCUACGGCAAUGAGCCCCGGCCGUGGAGCAGCACCGACUCGGAUUCCUCCUCGUGCCAGUGGACCGCCGCGGCUCACAAGCCCCGCCCCCACCCGGCCGCCAAUCCCAGCUGGGAGGCUCAUGGCGGAGCAGGUUCCGUCUCUCUCUACAGGGUGUCCUCCGAGCAACCCGUCAUUGCCGAGACCCCUGCCAGCCCCGCUUACAUCCUAGAGAACGGCAUCCCACCGGGAAGCAUCCUGGUCAACCCGCACACCGGACAGCCUUUCCUGAACCCUGAUGGAAGCCCCGUGGUGUACAACCCUCCUGGUGCUCAGCAGCCAAUCAGGAGCCAGAUGCACGGAGCUCCGGCACAGCAGCCUACGCAGCAGCCUACACAGCAGGUGUACUCAUCCGUCUCAUACACGGCCCCGCAGAUGUUGCCCAUGGCCCCUUCACAGCCAUACCACGCCAUGGAAGACCUGUCGCAGCAGUUUGCCCACGUAGCUGUCAGCUGUCAAUCGGCAGGGGAAACCACGCCCCUUUGCCCUCCCGCCCAAGGCUACGUGUACGCAGCACCACCACCACCGCCGCCGUCCCAUCCCCCUGCCGCCCCUCAAGCUCCUAACACCCACAGCUACUGCCAGCCCUCACCACAGGUGCCUGCCUUCUACUACAGCCAGUAUCCUACCUCAGCUCAACACCCGGUCAAAGCCACCUCGCCAGGCUGCAGCGCAGGUUAUGCCCCCGCGGUGGGUGUCCCACAGCAGCAAUCGUACACAGCCAUGUCGCCACACCACUGUAGCAUUCUUCAGAGCGGGGUCUGUGUGUAUCAACCCAGUAAACUCGGUGAGGCGGGAUACUGCUGCGUGGUGGCACCACCGAACCCCCACUGUGGUCCCGCCUGGACCACAUAACAUUGAUCUCACACACACACACACGCAUGCACACACAACACACACAGACACGCAUAUAAAUUUUUCCCUACCGCAUGUUAACACAAAGCACUCUCACAUUAAUGCACUGUACCAAAGCUUCAUAGUACAUCUAUAAAUUUAUAUAUAUAUAUAUAGAAUUAAACACCAAGCUGCUGUAUUGACUGCAUAAUUUAUACACAAAAAUGAGUUUUAUAUUGAUUUGAAAUGGUUAUAUAUUGUGAUUGAUGAAAAAAAAAUGCAGUGUGUGUGAAUAUAUUUAAUAAACGCACAUGGCAAAGUCCCGUUUGAUGGA